AUGAAUGAUUCCCCUAUUAUGAGGAGAUGUAAAGAUAAUUGGGUUAAUGCCACUCAAAUUUUAAAAUGUUGUAAUUUCCCUAAAGCUAAAAGAACUAAGAUUUUAGAAAAGGGCGUACAACAGGGUCAACAUGAAAAAGUUCAAGGUGGAUUUGGUAGAUUUCAAGGAACUUGGAUUCCAUUGGAAGAUGCUCAAAAAUUAGCCCGAAAUUAUGGCGUAACUCAAGAUGCUGCUCCAGUUUUAUUUCUUGAUUUUUCAGAUCCAAACUUACAUAUUCCUGAAAAGGCAAAACCUUUACCUAAAGAGCCAUCUCUGAUUAAAAGGAAAUAUACUAAAAGACCAAAGAAUCCUGAUGAAGAUCAAUCUCCAAAGAAAUAUAAAACGGGUAAAAAAGCAGCUGCUCAGGCAGCAGCUGCUGCUGCCGCAGCAGUAACACCAUCCAUCAAUGGAGGUAUUCCAUCUUCUCAAGGUUCUUUACCUCCUAAUUCUCAAGAUUCUUAUGGUCUGAUUUCAAGAUCUAAUUCUUAUAUUCCUUCAAGUCAAUCUCAAAAUGGUAAUGGUAUUCAAUUACCACCAACAUUUUCUCAAGCAUCUCAACAACCACCAGUGUCAAUGCCUAUUAAUGGAUCUAUGCCAAUCAAUUAUAAUACCUAUAAUACUCAGAAUGAAUAUCAAAAUCAUCAAUUACAAUUACAACGUAUACAGCAACAACAACAAUAUCAAAUCCAACAACAACAGCAACAACAACAACAACAACUUCAAUUACAACUACAACAACAGCAACAGCAACAACAACAAAAGUUUUAUCAAACUGGAGUUCAUCAACAAAUGGUACGAACUUUCCAACAAAGUAAAUCAUUAUCACAAUCUACUAAUGAUACAAAUUGGUCACAGGAUGACAAUUUGAAUAAUCAUAAUCAUAAAGAUAGUGAUACAUCAGUUACAUCUAAUGAAGAUUCUAAAAUUAAUGAUAUUACUCAAAGUCCAAAAUCAUUAUCAGAAGAUAGUUAUUCAUCAUUAUUAUUAAAAUUCUUUAGUGAAGAUAAUUCGGAAAUCCCUUAUUUCCUUCAUAAUCCUCCCUUUGAUUUUAAUAUUAAUGAACCUAUAGAUGACGAAGGUCAUACUCCCUUACAUUGGGCUGCAUCGAUUGGGAAUUAUCAAAUGAUUCAUUUAUUACUUUCAAAAGGGGCAAGUCCACUUGUUGUAAAUAAUUUUGGUUUAAAUCCAUUAUCUAAAUUAAUCUCAUUUAAUAAUUGUUAUGAAUUAAAAAAUUUCCCCAAAGUUUUAGAUGAUCUCGAUUUAUGUUUGAUUAAUACUGAUAUAAAUGGUAGAACUCCCUUACAUUAUUUAUGUCAAUUUGUUAAAGUUAAAACCAAAUAUGAAAGUUUAAGAUAUUAUUUAAACAUUAUUUUGAAUAAAUUAUCCGAUUUAUCCAAUCAAAGUUUAAAUAAACAAGUUAAUCUAUUAAGAAAUGUAUUAGAUCAUCAAGAUGUUAAUGGUGAUACUUGUUGUCAUUUAGCUGCUAAAUCAAAUUCUCCUAAGAUUUUAAAAACUUUAUUACAAUAUGGUGCAAGAGAUGAUCUUGAAAAUAUUCAUAAAGAAACUACAAGAACUUUAAUAAUGCAACAUAAUAUAAUUCCAAAUUAUGUUAGUAUACCUCAUAAUCCACUUGCAUUUAAUUAUUCUCCGCCAUCAGGACCACCACCUCCUGUUCCUGUUCCAAUUACUCAUAUUCAACAAAAACCUCAGCCUAUACCUCAAACUCAACCAGCUCAACCACAACAGCCAUAUUUGGUGAUGGCUACCCCAGUUCAACCACUGGUAUCUACUUCUGAAACUCCUGAUACCCAAAGAACCACCAUUCAAGAAUUAGAUGAAGAUGAUGAUGAUCGUUCUGAUAGAGUUGAUAGAAGUCAUCUUGAUGCCUUAAUUAAAUCUGAAGAUAAUAAAGAAAAUAUAUUCAUGGAACAUAAUACCAAUUCCAAUUUCCAUAAGAAUAUGUCAACUCCAAGAGCUCAUGCUAUGUCACCUCAUUUACAUCAACCAUUAGCUGUUAUAUCCGAAAGAACAGUUGAAAGUACCCCUAUAAGUAAUGAUACUAAGAAAAGUGCUUUCAAUAGUAAUAUUAACAAUAAUCAAUUCCAUCAUGCUCAUCAACCAAACCCACCUAAAUUAAAUGAUGAUGGGGAAAUCAUUGAAAAUGAUGAAGAUUCACAAGUUAAAGAUGAUAAAUUACUGAUGAUUGAUUUAUCAACUAUGAUUUCUGGAAUGAUUAAUGCUCUUUCUACAUCUUAUAAAUCAGAAAUAACGAAAUUAGAUACUGAAAAAGAACAAUUACAAAAGAGUCUUAACGAUAAAGAACAUACCAAUGAGCAUACCUUUAAUGUAUUUGUUCAAAUGUUAUCUAAAUCAGGAGUUGAACAAUUUAAUACUAUUGAAGAGGGUGAAAAGCUUUUACUUAAUGAAAUAGCGAAUUCAACUUCAAAAGUUGAAAAGCAACAAAGUGUUUUAUUGAGACGAUUAGAACGUGAUCAAGCUUUUCAUUUAGCCAGUUUAGUUGAAGAACAAGAAUUGAAAUAUAUGGAUAAGGAAGGUAACAAGGAUAAUAAUAGUACGGCUGAUUCUGAGGAUGUUGAUUUAAUAAAUGAAGAUAAAAUCGAUUAUGCCUUAGAGCUUAGUCAAUUACAAACUGAACGAGUUAAAUUAAUUCAAAAAUUAGCUAUUAAUGUAACGAAUUAUGGGAUCGAUGAAAAAAUGUAUAAAUAUAGAAAAUUAAUUAGUCUGAGUUGUGGAUUAAAAGUUGAAGAUAUCGAUAGUUUGAUCGAUGGCAUAGAGGAAUCUUUAGUUGAAAAUCUUUAG